AUGGAGAGCCGGAAGGUGAGAGCAAGAGUCGUGUUUGCUUGGCUGGCCCUCCUCUCCUUCUCUCCAGCUUUGGGCAAGAAACACACCGCGCCCUUCCUCACAACGCCCUCCAGAACCUCACCAGCACCACAGGGAAGCACCACCAGCAUCUCCAGCACUGAAGCACCUCCAAGGACAGACCGAAGCACGACCACUUCAGCACUUCAGACCUCCAGCACUUCCUUUACCAGUCACAGAACACCAGAAACUCACGACUCUGUUCUGAAGGGGACCACAUGGCAGUCAUCUGAAGUGGAGGAUAAGAUAGGUGGAUUGCAGGAUGUGACUUCCGGCGCACCUGAGGCUUCCAUGAAAAGCUGUCCAAUGAACCUGUUCGGCUUCGUGGUGGCGGCAGGAGAUGUGGAGGCGUGCAGGAUUGAGUUAGUGGAGCUGGAAGGAUGUGACCCCAGGCAGGCCGAGAUGAUCCUUGUGUCGAAGGAGUCAGGUCACCAGAACGAAAACACGCAGAGUUACAAGGUACUGGAAGAGGGCGUGGUGGAGGUUUACCUGAAGGAGGACCUACCUGGCUUCUACCGCCUCUUCUGCGUCGACGCCCACACCUCCUCCAUCGUGGCGAGUAUCAAUGUGGGAUUCCCGGUGCUGGACGUGGAGGACUGGGGCUGCCUCUUCUACAACUGGGAGGAGUUGGAGUGCACAUGGGCCAGGCCUUACAACCCAGCCCAGAGCCCCAGAGAGGACUACUUACCCUGGCUCUGUGUGUCCGGCCAGUGCAAGUUUUGUGAGUGUGUGCAUGGCACGUGUCUGGAGUCUUCCUGCUUGAAAAAUUGCUGCGGCUGGAACGGCACCGCCUACCAAAGUACCGCGCAGAACGCGGGCAUGUCUUUGAAAUUCAUUGCGAAGAAUGCUUUAACUGAGGGAUACAAGGAGUUCACGCACACCUUUGAUCCUCUGGCGAUAGUGGUGCCCGCCAAGAUGUCCAACGUGAGCGUGGCGGGCGUGCCGGGGCGGCGCGAGGCGGUGGUGUGGUGGAAGCUGGCGGCUCCGAUGGGCACCUUUGCCGAGGCGGCCGCGGGCGUGGUGGUGCAGGUGGACCACCGCCUGGCCCAGGGCGUGGACUCACCACUAUGUGUGUGUGUGUGUGUGUGUGCGUGCGUGCGUGCAUGCGUGCGUGUGUGCGUGCCUAACAAGCCCGCCUUGCUGCAGGGGGCGUCGCUGCCGUGCCACAACCACGCCUGCAAGACCGGCCAGCACACAAUCUCGCUGGAGUUCUGGUGGUGCCGCUUCGAGGUGCGUGUGCGCGUGCGCUCUGCCGCGGCUCCGGAGAAUCGCUGGUGGUCAGACUGGGAACCCAGCUAUGUGAUAACCCCUCUCUCUGCGCCCGACGCCCCGCCGGCGGUGGGCCCCGGCACGUUCCAGGUGGCGGCGCGCGGGUUCCCGGGGCUGUGUGAUGUGACCCUCACCUGGCAGCAGGUGCCGCCGCUCCUCCACAACGGACCUGACUUCGGAUACCUUGUGCAGGUGUGCGGCGCCUCACGCGGUGGCGAGGGCGAGGGAGAAUGCGAGGGCGAGGGCGAGGCGGUGUUGGCGCAGGUCGCCGUCAGGGAAAGCUUCGUGGUGUUCCGCAACUUGUCCACCGCGGCGCCCUACACGCUGCGGGUGGCGGCAAGGAACAGCGAGGGCCACAGCGGCACCUGGGGGGCAGUGAGCGUGCCUCCCGACCGACCCGCGCUGCCCCUGCUGCCGGUGGUGGUGCAGCACGACAGGGCGGGGCAGGACACCCUGUACGAGCUGCGCUGGCAUCCCGGGGACGCGCCGAGCCACACUGUGUACGUGUGCACUGGCGAACAUGAAGGCACCAACCCGUGCACGGACCACCUGGCCUGGACCACCGUGGCCAACGCCUCAGCCGCCAACCUCACGCUGCGGGACUUCGGGCUGCUUGGCGCGGCGGAGCAGGUGACCUUCGCCUUGUCGAGGGAGGACCAGGCCGGGACGUCCAGCGGCCUGGCUUGGGACCGCUGCGUCACCCCGCAGCCCUUCAACACCGCCCGCGACCCGCCCCGUCUUGGGAACGAGGCCUUCGCGGGAAGCUCGUGGGUGAAGCUGUCGUGGUCACUGGACUGCCGCUCGUGGGCGGGCGUGGUAGAGGCCACGGAGGCUGCCUACUGCCGCGGCGCGCACCGCUACCCGUCCAACUGUACAGAGGAGGCGGAGAGCGUGAGGUGGGCGAGGUGGAAGGAGACAAUUAGUGUGGCGGGGCUGGAAGGCGGCCAGCGGUACACUGUGUGGCUGAGGCUGCAGUACCGCAGUGGAAUGUCUCAGUGGUCAGAGGGCGUCACUGUCACCAUAACGUCAUCACGUCACGUGGUGUGGUGGGUGGUGGCGACUGUGGUGGGCGUGCUGGUGAUCUUCACUCUGCUGCGGUGCCUCCAUAGGAGCAUGACUGCCGCCAAAAAGGACUUGACGCGAUACCUGCGGAUGCCGGACGGUCUCUCUGCCGCGAAACCUGACGCGAGAGAUAGAACAAUAGGAUCUGGAGGAGGAGAAGAAGGAGCAGCAGCAGCAGCAGCAGCAGGAGGACGAGAAGAGAAAUACACAACACGAGGGACGAUACUGAGCCAUGCCCUUGGACUGGAGGGAAACACUGCAUCACUCACGCCCUCCAUAAGGUCUUUGUCAUCGCUGGAUCGCUGUCCUUCCCCAAGUCCCUUCCUCACACACACGUCCUCCAUGGCAACUCAGAACACCCAGACCCUUGCCCCAGACUCUGCCUCGACCGCAGACUACAGAGAACUUGAACAUUCCUCACUCGUGGAGCCCUCAUGCGCCUACACACUUCUCCAGGAUGUCUUAACGAGCAGGGAGGGACUGGCGAGCGAUGGGGAGUGUCUGUUUACUGCUACAUCCGUCACAGCACUGUCAGGAACGCAGCCAGAGGGACACUGCGACUCCUAUGUCACCCUGGCAGACUCCCUCGCUUCCCUGUCAGUCCCGUGCGAGGCUAAGAUGCAGGACUUGGCGAGGGAAGCGAAGGGUGAACAGUGGGAAGGUACGCAACAAACGACUGGGUAUUGCAGGGUGGAUGAUGGUGUGACUCCAACGCUUCACCUCGUUACUUAAGUCUGAGCUGGCGUGGGUGUAGGAAAGAGGGAGGAUUGACUGCUACUGGGGACACAAGGACGAGUGUGGGAAUUGUUUACCUUUCUACACACCAAGGAAGAAAAGAACGAUCAGCUGCAGAGAGGGACAUGGUGGAAGGAAAAACUGUAUGAAAGAAUAAUGAUAUGAAAAAAUGGAAGUGAAAGAGACGAGUGGUGCAGUGAACCGUAUUAUGCUGAUGGUGAGAGCAGGGCGGUGUGAAUUAUAUAGUGAAGCAGGUGUACGUGAACAAGACAGUACUCGAAGUGUGGAUAAUAUCAGAAAGACGUUACCAGAUGGUCGAGUUCUCAGGCAGUUCAGUCUUAUCUGCAUCAUCUCCAAAGUGCCGCUGUGGUAGUCACCGAGGCGUUCAGCAGUGUGUUGGUGGUUGCCGUGAUAGAUUAGUGAGAAUUCUACAUCAUCAACUAGGAAACGAGAGAAAACACACAAAAAAAGUAAA